UUCCAUCUUUCCCACGCUUUCUCGGGAAAAUUCAAAGCGAGAAAAUAUUUAAUUCGAUCGGUGUCUAAGCACGACCCAUUACUCCUCUCCUGCUUGUGAACGAAACCCUUGUACCAAGUUUCGAUUUUGGUGAGGAAAACUUGAGAUCUGAGAGAAGACGAUGAUGACGAGUAUGGAAGGGAUGAUAGAGAAAGGAGUGUUGGACGAUAUCAUCAGAAGAUUGUUAGAAGGCAGAGGAGGCAAACAGGUUCAGCUAUCAGAGUGCGAGAUUCGUCAACUCUGCUCCAACGCUCGUCAAAUCCUCCUCUCUCAGCCCAAUCUCCUCGAGCUCCAUGCCCCAAUCCGCAUCUGCGGUGAUAUCCAUGGCCAGUAUCAAGAUCUUCUUCGGCUAUUCGAAUACGGAGGCUACCCUCCUUCAGCGACCUAUCUCUUCCUUGGCGACUACGUUGACAGAGGCAAGCAAAGUCUCGAGACCAUAUGUCUACUCCUCGCUUACAAGAUUCGUUACCCGUCAAAGAUUUAUCUCCUGAGAGGCAACCACGAGGACGCCAAGAUCAACAGAAUCUACGGCUUCUACGACGAGUGCAAGCGUAGAUUCAACGUACGUCUCUGGAAGAUCUUUACCGAUUGCUUCAACUCUUUGCCCGUGGCAGCACUCAUUGAUGACAAGAUCUUGUGUAUGCACGGGGGGUUGUCGCCGGAGUUGGAGAAUUUGAAUCAGAUUCGAGAGAUCGAGAGGCCUACUGAGAUUCCAGACAACGGUCUUCUUUGUGAUUUGCUUUGGUCGGAUCCUGACCAGAAGAGGGAAGGAUGGUCUGAUAGUGAUCGAGGCAUCUCUUGUACUUUUGGAGCUGAUAAAGUUGAUGAGUUUUUGGAUAAGAAUGAUCUUGACCUCAUUUGCCGUGGCCAUCAGGUAGUGGAAGAUGGGUAUGAGUUUUUUGCGAACAGGAGGUUAGUUACGAUAUUUUCUGCUCCAAACUAUGGUGGGGAGUUUGAUAACGCUGGUGCGUUAUUGAGCGUGGACGAGUCUCUUGUUUGCUCUUUUGAAAUUAUGAAACCGGCUCCAGCUUCUAGUAGUCAUCCUCUCAAGAAGGUACCCAAAAUGGGGAAGUCUUGAAGUCUAGUCUUCUCUUUAAAGAUAACGGUUCCACAGCUCAAGCUAGACUCAAGAUUUGAACUUCCAUUAUAACUGUGUCUGUCAGUAUUGGUUGAAUGCAUUGAAGAACCGAAAGGGUCCUUAGUCAUCAUCAAGCAACUUCUGUAAAAAGAUAAAGUGACAAAGCAAAAAAUACACUUUCUUUUCUGUGUGUAGAGAUGCAGAAUGAUCUUGUCUUCUGCUUCUGGAGAUUUUUAACUCCUUGAGAGUAUCUUUUCCCUUUUAGUUUACGUUAGAGUGCCUCUGUUAGAUUUAUAUGUGCUUGUCUAAACCCUUUUGCAUAUCAUCAAGGUACCACAUUUUUU